GUCAUUACGUAAACAUUCUGUUGACGUGGCGUGAGCUUGUUGCAAUUCAACACAGUAGCUAGCAGGUAAACGUUAGAGGUAAGACCCGAAGAUAAUCCUCGUGGAAGUAUGGAUAUCAUCCAGGUCGACUGAUUGAUCGGUGUUCACGUUUUCAGUGAAGAAAAAAUGUCCAGUAUAAGCCAGCACUAUGGGUUCCAGUCCGCCACCAUGGUGCAGCCUACCAACGGUGGUCAUGCCUAUCUGUUUGGAAACAACGGCUCAGAGAAUGACCUGUCAGAAGAGGAUGGUGAGAGCUAUGAGCUGCGGCCACGUGGCAGAGAGCGGCUGUGGAGGAGCACCUCCAGAGAGAGGAUGGACGAUAUUAUCUACCUGACCAGAGAUAUCCAGGAGGGUGACACCCUGAACAGCAUUUCCCUGCAGUACCAUUGCUCAGUGGCUGAUAUAAAGCGUGCCAACAACUUCUUGACAGAGCAGGACUUCUUUGCCCUGCGGUCAGUCAAGAUUCCCGUGAGGCGCUUCAGUGUCCUCACCGAGACUCACAGCACCGGACCUCUCAAAUCUGCCUCCCCCUCAGGUGCCAGGCGCUUCCCCCAGAUCUCAGCGGUUACCUCCCUUCCCACCGAGUCCUCCACAGACUCGUCCUCUUCCACCGACAGCGUGGAGGGAUUCCUCCUGGAGAAGGACAAGGACAUCGAGCGGCUGGUGAAAUCCACAGGUCCGUCUCGGAGCAGCCUGAACGAGGUUGUGUCCUCCUUAACGCUACAGCAACAGCAGCCGCUGCUCGGAGACGUGGAGUAUAAACCAGUACAGAGAAAGGACCCUUAUUAUGGGGCAGACUGGGGCAUGAGAUGGUGGACGGCUGUGGCCAUUAUGCUGUUUGUUGGCAUCGUCACACCUGUGUUUUAUCUGCUGUACUACGAGGUUCUCAUGAAAUCUGAUGUCAGCCAUCAUGGCGACAGUUCUCACGAACAUCUCCAUGGCAAUAAUUUAGACCUUCAUUUUGGAGAAGACAACCACCCAGGGGCUCGACCUGGACACCAUGUUGGAGAUGGGGUUAAUGGAAAUCCACAGGAACCCGUUGCGGACAAAGCAGGAGACAGUGAACACGGAGGGCACGAGAAAACAUAACAAGGGAUUAAAACUUUACCUACAAAUUUGUUGCAAACUCAAGAGACCUAAUAAAACUGGGUGGAUGUUCCCA